UCAUUCACAGUGGAGCAGAGGUACCGGGCAUUGGCACAGUGUGCUAACAGCCGUCGAGUUGAUCACACGCGUUUACUGUGACAAUAACAUUUUAGUGGUGUGAAAAUGGCACGCGAACAAACAAAACUUGAGAUCAUCAACGAAUCUCCAAGGAUAUGAAAGCCGACAAAAUUCUGAACAAAGAUAUCGAGAUGAUUUUCGGGACCCCAAAUUCGCCGAAAAGCAACGGAGCCAGUGUUCACUUGUUAAACAGCGAGAAGAACCACGACGUGCCAGCGAACGUGCCCCGCGUCCACGGCAAAGACACAGAGCUAUCGUGGCAGCCGCUGCUGGAGCCUGACAGAGAGAAGCAAAAACCACCAUUAGCUGGGCCAGAGAUCGAUGACUUGGACGACGAAGUGCACAAUCCACCCGGCCCAUACCCAGGCAUCGAUGAAGGACUCCUGGACAUCGAUGGAAGCAAGCCGGACCACCCGAUUGGUAAGAAAUCUCCAUUACCCAUUUAUCUAUGUCAUGAAUGAAACAACGUAGAAAGU